AAUGAAUCAAACUUUGAUUGAAUUUUCUAGUAUAAAAGGAGACUGAUUUACAUUUAAUUCUCAUCAGAUUAAUUGUCUUUAAUCAGAAAAUAUAAAAAAAAUCAAAAUGAAAUUCUUUGGACUUACUCUUGCCGUUCUCCUCGUCGCUGGAUUCGUCGCUAUCGAAGCUCGAUCCGUUGAAAAGCGAAAUGUCUUAAACGACUUAGUGGCUAACGCUCAAUCAGCCUUCAACGAUGCCAAGGCUCAAUUUGGAAAAUUCUUCGGCUCAGCUCUUCAACAACAAAUCGCCGAAGCUAAAGAAUCUUUCAUGAAUGGACUUAAGCAACUCCAAGAAUCUGCUGAAGAUCUUCUCGAAGAUGGAGCUGAUGCUCUCAUGAAGAACCUUCCUGGUCUCCAAGGAAUCGUCUCUGAUCGAGUUGACGCCGUCACUGAUUCUUUGGAAUCAUACAUCGAAAAGAACAAGGGUAAAUUAGACGAAGUUCGACAAUUGAUCCUCGACAAUGCUCUCAAGACCUUGAAGGCUCUUAAGGAUCGACUUGAUGCCACUGAAUCAGCUGAAGCCGUUAGCCAAAUUCUCACCUCAGUUGACAACGUUGAGAACCAAGUUGUUAGUGAAGUUUCAGCAGCCAAGUCUCGAUCUCUUUUUGGAAUUAACUGGUCCGGUCUUAAGAACACCAUGACUCAACGAUUUGAUGCCCUCCGAAACCGAUUCGAUGACAUGUUAGACGAAUUCCGAGGAGAAGAUAACAAAAAGAUCCGAGAACAAAAGGGCAAAAUCCAAGGAGCCAUGGAAAAGGUUAACGGUGCUGACAAACUUCCACCCGCACAAAAGAUCGAAGCCGUCAAAGCCGCUACCGCUGAAUUAGACAAGGCUGACGAAGUUGCCGCUUCAGCUGCCUCAUCAGGAGAAAUUGUAACCUCCCCCUCCGCCUAAAUAACUUAUAAUCUUGUUAAUAUUUCGUUGAUGUAGUGAUGGGCGAUAUUUGAAAAAAUUAUCAUCGACGAUAACGAUAUUUAGAUUUUUAUCAUCGAAAAAAUCGAUUUUUUAGCGACAGAGAAAAAGACAGUAAUUAAUGUAAGAGAAAGAGAAAAAGCUGAGGAAAAAAUCGGCGAAAAAUCUGAAAAAAUCUCAUGUGUUGAAAAGAAAGAGAAAAAAGAAAGAGAAAUAUUUAUCAAUAUUCUUUUUUUAUAUCGAUGAUAAAUCGACACAAAAAUAUCGAUGAUAUUUAUCGAUACCGAUAAUAUCGCCCAUCACUACGUUGAUGUUCAUAUGUAAAAGUGUGCACAUCGUGUGUACAUCAUAGGAUUUGAUCAGUUGAUCAGUUUAAGUUACUAAAUGAGUUGAACUUUUAUGGUGAUAAACAAAUAAAGUUUAUUUUGAGCAAUAA